AUGAAGACGGCAACUUUAUUAACAACCUCUCUUCGACGGCAGCGUGUCUCUGCGCUGGGUGGCUAUUGGAAGACUCCCCUUGUUGUGAGAGCUACGCGUCAACAUGCACAAAACAGAUUCCUUUCCCACGAUACCAAGACGGAGGAUACCGUCAAGCAGACGGUGGUAUCCAAAUGGGACGGCAGCAAGAAGUAUUGGAUGUCCAACACGGAAUACACGGGUGUCGUGGUAGGCAAGGAAGCCACGGGCGGCGAAUAUGUCAUCACGGACGGGGUCAUUGGUCCCGGUGGAUUUGUGCCAGACCACUAUCACAAGUGGGAAGAUCAAACCUUUCACGUUAUCACGGGAGAGUUGCAAGCCAAGAUUGGUAACGAGACGUAUCAGGUGGGGCCGGGUGACACGAUCCAUUGUCCACGCGGUGUGUCUCACUUUAUCGAGAAUACGGGAGAUACCGAGGUCAAGUUGAUCAGCUACAUUUUCCCCGGACAUUGGGCCGAAGAUUUCAUGGCCGAAACGUCGCGACAGAAUCACGAGGGAAACCUGGAUCUCAAGCUUAUCGAAGACAAGUUUGGUGUGGUGUACAUCUGA